GAUACAAUCCAUGAAAUUAGCUUUAAUGAACCUCAAGAAAUCUAUGAAAUCAACACUCUUAUUCCACAAAAUAAAAUAGAAAAAAAGAGAAAUGAAUUUACUGAGCAUAUAAAAAACUUGCCUAAAAAUCAGAUAAUUAAAGCUAUUAUUGCAAAUAGGCAUACUUAA